CAGUUCCCAUUUUCAUAUUCCCAGUGUACAAAAUUAAUUUUAUAAUUCCAGGGCAAUUCCAGUUUUAUUAAGUUUUAUUUAGUUCUGAAAAUCACCGAGUAUCAAGUUUCAGCCAAGACUAACACCCGGUGUUUCUGUAUUUUAAUGACUAAAAAUUUUAUUUGUGACUAGUACAAUUCAUUCCCCUCUUAAAAAUUUGUAAAAUAUUGUUCCAUUCCCUUCAGAUUUUCCACAAUGUCAGGAUUUUCAGCUUUAUCGCACGUUGACCUCACUACAAUCCCAGGUGCCCCCUCACCCCGUGCAGCCCACACUUGCGACGUCGUACAAAAUUUCUUAGUUAUUUUCGGCGGCUGGUCAGGAAGAGAAGCGCUCGGAGAUGCGUACGCCUUUCACCUGAAGAAAAAGAGAUGGUAUUUACUCAACUUGAGGUUAGUAGAGUCUUCGGGAAGGCGUGUAAGACAAUCGAACUUUGUUAUGGAUAGAAAUAACCACGCAUCCGCAGUCUACAACAAUGAACUUUUCGUAUACGCAGGCCACGAUGGCUCGAAGUGGCUCGGAGAUAUGUUCGCCAUAGAUGUAGGAGGCCUGGAAGAAAGUGUGUCUGGACUUAAGUUCGGCCAGUCAGUAGACGUCCACGUAAGAAUAGUUGACGGAACGGGAAAGGUUCCAACAAGGCGUGCUUGCCAUUCAAUGACUCUGGUAGGUCAACUGUUUUAUACCUUUGGAGGCUACGACGGUAAUCAGUGUUUUAACGACUUGGAUGUGUUUGAUCCAACCCUGAAUUCAUGGUCUCGCCUUGGUAAACCUCAUGGAAAGAAACCAGCUGCUCGAAAUGCACACACAAUGGUGACAGAUGGGAGAAACCUAUACCUCCUUGGAGGACAUAGCGGGUCAGUUCACUUUGACGAUGUUCACAUGUAUUCAAUCAAUUCACACACAUGGACCUGUUUGAACUGCGAAGGAAGGGUUCCGCCAGGUGUUAGGGGUCAUUCCUCAGCAUUUCACAAGGGCGAGAUUUAUCUAUUCGGUGGAUAUAACGGCGACGUGCCAUUCAACACACUAUAUGUUUUCAACUUGAGGAGCUCAACCUGGUCAAUUCAGGACGUUUCCUACGACGAAGACAUUGAAAGAAGACAAAGAUGUACCAUGGUAACACUACCUGACGGGCUGUAUAUCUUCGGAGGUUUUAACGGGACUAACUGGCUAAACGAUCUUCAUUCUAUCAAGUUUUACAACACUAUCCUAAGUGGAACUAAUAAUUUGAAUUGGUAUGUUAAGAACGUGGGAGGAUUUAUGAAUUCAAAUUCAUUUUCGGACGUUAUUAUCAUGGCAUCAGGGAAGGAGAUACCAGCACACAAGUUAAUAUUAGCAGCUAAUUCACCAUACUUCCUGGAACUGUUGUCUAACGAUAAUGAGGAACAGGGAAAGGAAGAAGGACAUACAGAAACUGUUAAUGGAACGAGUGGAGAGGCAUCAGUAGCAGAAAAAAGAGAACCCAAGAAAGCAGUUAUUGAAUUGAAUGAAUGGAGUUUUGACUCAGUAAUGAAGCUUCUGGAGUUUCUGUACACAGCGAAGGUGGAAGAUUUGGGUAAUAGCAGCCACUACAGAGUGUGCGAGAUCCUUGGACUAGCGGACGCAUGCUCAGUGGUGAGACUCAAGAACCUCUGCGAGGAGAUUCUGGUCACAAAACUCGAUAUCGAAAACUCAUGUUACCUGUUAAAGUACUCUAAGCUGUACAACGCAGACUAUCUAAGGCAGUGCUGCUUCGAUUUCAUAUCAGAAAACGCAGCAGACGUCAUGCUAACACCAGGAUUCGAAGACCUCUCGUCCCUACCCUCACUGGUGCUUGAGCUGGCUAAGUUGUCAAUUAACAAAAUGUCAUAAUAUCUCACGCCUUGUAAAAUGUAUCAUAUUCUCUAGUGAUAAUAUUUUAAAAAUUUUAUUCCA